AUGGAUGACCUUAAACUUUACGCCUCCGGAGAAAGAGAACUACAACAAUCUCUUAGGGUGGUGCAGGAGUAUACUCAUGCGAUUGGAAUGGAGUUCGGAAUGGACAAAUGCGCACUGGUCCAUAUCAAGAGAGGACGAUGCGGAGAAUACGGAGAGGAUGAGCAACUUGCUGAUGGAAGCAUUCUUAAACAUCUGAAUGCCGGAGAGACCUAUACCUACCUCGGCAUUGAACAGCGUAAUGUUCAAGAGGUAGGUAAAAUCAAAGAGUCUCUUCGUGGCAAGUAUCGGCAACUGUUCCGGCAAAUUUGGUCUUCCGAACUGUCGGGGAAGAACAAAGUUGCCGCAACAAAUAUGCUUGCCGUUCCGAUCCUGCUCUGCUCUUUUGGAGUAGUGAAGUGGACUAAAGGCGAGUUGCAAAACCUCGAUGUAGGGAUCCGCAAAAUGAUGACUCUUCAAAGGAGUCAUCACCCAAAAUCAUCCGAUCCACGGUUAUAUCUCCCACGUAAUCGGAGAGGCCGUGGACUCUUGAGUUUGCGGUGUCUGCACGACAGAGUAGCUUUGGGUACAGCCUGUAAGAUCAUCAGGAGCUCGGAUCCCCUUCUUCGCAUGGUAUGCGAACACRAAAGAGGGGAGGUGGGAGCAUUUUUGUUUAGGGCAGCACGAAGGGCAGCGGAUGAACUCGGUCUUGUCUUCGAUGAGGAACGAGUGUCUGAAAACUCAGUCACAGAGUGGGAGGAUACUCGUUUCCAGGCCCACGUAAGGGAAGCCGAGGUGCGCAGUUUAUUGCGCAAGCACUGUGACAAGCCCAUGCAUGGUGUCUKCUAUAAAACCAUAGAAGACCAGGGCUUGUCUCAGCGGYUGACCUUUGCCUUCUUGAARGCAAGUGGGUUAAAGUCGGAGACGGAGGGGUUUAUCAUAGCCUGCYAAGAUGGUGUUUUUAACACGCUCGUCUAUCGCAGCCGCGURAUGGGUAUGGRCAUUCCGGAUAUCCGGUGMAGGGCAUGUCGCACUGCACCAGAGACASUGAUGCACAUACUGUCGGCUUGUCCGAAGUAUGCAGUGUCGUCCUAUAUCCAUCGCCACAAUGCGGCCUUACGAGUGGUCUACUACCACCUUAGACACUCGUACGGKGUAGACGAAACACCUGUGCUUCCCUAUGCUCCAGGAGACAUUGAGUCGGUAGURGAGAAUGAGAAGUGCCGAAUUUAUUGGAAYUUUUCGUUCUCMACUACAGGACUCAUUCAGGCCAACAAGCCWGACAUUGUCCUCCUCGAUCUUCUAUCUAAGGAGAUGUUUGUGAUCGAAUUCUCAGCUCCGGCUGAGCCAAACAUCUCCGCUAAGGAGGAGGACAAGCGGUUAAAAUACCGAGAUCUCCUUCAGGAGCUCCGUAGGCUGUAUCCUGGCUAUUCUAUCAAACUGGUCGUCUUGGUCAUCGGAUGUUUAGGGGGUGCAAGACCAACGCUGCUUUCGUCUUUGAAGAUCAUUCCGGCAUGCCGCGACGCGGCUGAACGACUUGCCGGUCAAAUGCAGAAGGCGGUAAUCCUCGGUUCAUUGCGUCUGCUCAGGGCACACGAUUUGUGGACCUAG